CAAAAAAAAAAGUUUUAAAUAAUAGCAAUAAUAUUUCACAUUCCAUAAUAACUUUCAUUUUUUUUAUAUUCACUCAUUAAUUAAAAAAAUGUUAGAAACAAUUUUAUUUGCUAUUUUUAUUUGGUCAUUAAUAAUUUUAAUAAUUAUUUUCCGUUCCACCCCACACCAAACCCAAACCAAUAACCACACCCAAACCAAUAGCCACACCCAAACCAAUAGCCAAACCCACAUCAAUAACCACACCCACAUCAACAGCGACACCCACAUCAACAACCACAAAAUUAACGAAACUACAAAUUCUACCCCAGUUGAUCAAUCCCCAAAAGAAAAAAAUAAGUAUUAUAGUACCUCAACAUACUAUUAUUCCGCAUACAAAAACAUAUAUUGUUGUUCCGAAUAUUAUAAUAAUCAAGAUAAUUCUGGUCGUUCCUCAGUAACCCAAGAAAUUUUAAGUCAUGCCCCAAAGGAACCAUCACAACCAGAAAAUGUAUUUCCAAAUUCACCAUUCGACCAUACCAGAGAAAGAAUGGAAAAAGAAAAAAUGGAAAUAUUAAAAAAGGAACAACAAAAAGAAAAUGAAUAUAUGGAACAAUUAAAAAGAGAAACCCAAGUAAAAGAACGUAUUGAAAAAUUAGAAAAAGAAAGAAAAGAAAGAGAACAUAGAGAAUCUUUGGAAAGACAAAGAUUAAUAAAAGAAAGACUAGAAAAAGAAAUUAAAGAACGUAGAGAAGCUUUAGAAAAGAAAAGAAUAGAAAAAGAAAAGAAAGAAAGAGAAAAAAAAGAAAAAGAACAAAAAGAAAAAGAACAAAAAGAAAGAGAAAAAAAAGAAAGAGAAGAAUUAGAACGUACCCAAACAAUAUUAAAAGAAACAUUACAAAGAGCAAUGGAAAGGGUACGUUUAGAAGAUUUAGAGAGACAAAAAAGAUUAGAAAGAGAAAGAUUAGAAAGAUUAGAAAGAGAAGAAAGAGAAAGAGAACAACAAUUAAGAGAACAACAAGAGAGAGAAGAAAGAGAAAAUCAAGAAAGAGAACAACAACAACAAAGAGAACAACAAGAAAGAGAAGAAGCAGAACGUAGAGAAAACGAAAAUACUUGCACUAUUUGCAUCGAAAGAAUUGAACCAAGCCAACUUGCAGCAAUCGAUUGUAACCACAUGUUUUGUUUCGAUUGCAUUAUGGAAAUGUCUUAUCGUCGUAAUAACACAUGUCCAAAUUGUAGAGCUCCAUUCUAUUUGGUUAGAAGAGUCAAUCAAGCAAAUGGUUCAACAAACGAAUCCAACAUAGAGCAAGGUGAUCAAAGUCCACCAAUUUUAUGA